CGGAGAAAAUGAGGAGCAUGGUUCUGGGAAACUACGAUCACAUGCUCAAGUUUAAGAAAAGCAACACAUCAGCGACCACGACCACGUCGUUGUUCGGUAGUAUGAAGAGAAAUGCUGACGCGAAAGGAGGACUUGGAGUUGGAGGGCGUGCACUAGAUCAAUCCAAACUUAUUCCAAGCGCAACGGAUGAAGCAAAGUUCGGCACUAGUAGCGGAUCGGCCUCAUCUACGGCUUUUCCAUUUCCC